ACUACGCGUGAUUAACGGCAUAUAUUAACUAGUAAUAACCUUUUAGAUGGUUCAUAGAGAUCCUCCCCCUUCACCAAGACCGAGAUAUAAAGAGCAUAUGCCCAAUCGCCGUAUAACAAGUUUCUUUCCAAUGAAGACAAUGGGCCCUAGUAAGCAAUCUCAAUCAUCCAACCCAAUCCACCCAUUCGUUAUCCUUCCAGAAUAUCAACUUCUAGUAUGCGAGUUAUGCGGAUUUGCAACCCUCCCCAACGAGGUGAACACACACCUCAGGACAAAACACAACGAUAUUGCUCUGGAAUGCCGGCAUAGAUUGGUAGAGCAGGUCAAAGCAGUCCCAAAUCUUCUCCAAGACCAGUCUAAGCUUCGACUACCACGCAUACCGAUUAAACCGAUUUCUUGCCUUGCUGCACCGAGAUUAGACGGGCUGAAGUGCCGGAAAUGUGGCCGUAUGUUCCGGCAAGCCCAAAAGAUGGGGCGUCAUUGUAUGGAGGAGCACCUGUGGAAAAACCCAAGAGGAAGAGGAAGGCCGAUAUCAGGUCUGGAGCCAUCUGCAGAAUUACCAUGGAUCGAGGGCGUUGCCUGUCAACGGUUCUUCCCUUCUCGGGAAGGUAGUAGAUGGUUCGAGGUCCUUCGAGAAAGUGGAAAAUCGAAGAAGGGAGCAAGACUCGCAAAAUCAUCUCGGCCUGAUUUGAGCCAAGAUAUCCGAAGUCUGAACUGUGAGGCGCGCGCCCAUCUAAGCGAUGUAUUAGAGCGAGAGGAGAAUUACUUUGACCGGAUGAAUCAGCCGCACAUAAGUGCCAAGGACUUGGGCAGCAAUGCUCUUGCGUCUACCGGCCUAUGGCCAGAGAGAACUCAAUGACUGGUCAUCUUGGAGAACGCUCGACGUGAUAUCCUACGAGCAAUGACGCGGUUACCAGAUCGACAUUCAUUGAUGUCAGACUAUGUUAUGGCACAAGGGUGCCGCCAGGGGGGUUUGUGUAUUAAGAGCUCAUACGUGGAUGAACAGAAAAUAUCGUGUACCAUGAGGGCAUUAGACUUGGUGAUAGAACGCUGCGAGAACACAGUCCGUUACACCAGUCGCACCCUCUUAUGUUGGCUCUCAAGUCCGAAGCUUCAUGUCUAUCGCGAAACUCCAUUCUGUCUUGUGGCGGAGUAUGUAUGUAUGUAUGUAUGUAUGUAUAUUUUUCGUCCGGGGGGUUAUCGGCCCCGAAAGUCCCCUACUGGGGCACAGGACGUGCUGGGCUAGAGAAGUCGGAAUCUAUCUACACGCUAUUUACAGAAAUGCUAUUGGCUACAAAGGAUUAGUCAUUCGCAACGCGAAAUUAGUCUUCCGCUCAGCAUCCGAUUUCUGCAAACGCGUCAGUAGACCGCACUCUAUCCAGCAUAUCAUCGGCACGAAUGGCGCAUCCUAUCGGGCCUGUUACCCGUCAGCGGGACGACAAGGCGGAGCUGGCAUAUCGCAGCCGCUUUUGGCCUGAUAUCAGGAGAGUGGAGAUCAG